CUUAUAAUAGCUAUUUGUUCUUUGUUACGACUCUGAGCGGCUUACGUGAUGAUUACAGCUGAAGGGAGAAUUGGAACUAACCAUAAACCAACAACCAAAGAAACCCAUAAUUGGGUGUUCAGAGUAAAUUACAAAGGAAACGUCCAUUUUGAAGUCGGGAAUCAACGAGUAAGUUAAAUUGCUAGAAAAAAAUGAAACUUUCUUUUUUUUGGGCAGCAGCCUGUGUUUUGCAAGCUGCAAAGAACCAGCUUUCUUCUGCCGCAAUUGUCGAUAUGGAUGGCAGCCCUGGAAAAUCUGUCGUUUUGGGAUUGCAACAUUCCUAUGCUCAAGAUGAUUCUACAAAUUUUGAACGAGCUCGUGUCUUGAACAAACGUGAGGACUCGGGUUAUCCUCUUCUGGAUUUAGAGUAUACUAGUUCAGGAAGCUAUUUUGCUAGCAUCAUUAUGGGUCAUAAAAAGAGAAACUACUCAUUGACACUCGAUACAGGUAGCCCUUACACCUGGGUUACAGCGAACAAUGUGACAGCUCUGGACCCUUCUGAGUUUCAGAACGGAAUGCCUGCUGGAAAGUCUACAUCUGACAUUCGGGAGAUUUGCUCUAACUACACCUGUUAUGACUUCUCCGACGGGAGUGCAAAACUUACCAGUAACAGCGUUUUUGGUUUCCUCACCUCAUAUGGUGAUAAUACAACUGCUAUUGGAUACAACAUGGUAGAUACUGCUUACUUUGCUGGAUUAUCUCUUGACAACUUUACUUUUGGUGUUGCUACUCGGGAGUACGAUUCUGAGCAGAUUAGCGUUACCCCUGGUAUUAUAGGCUUGUCCCCAGGAAUGACCAUUACAGGUGUCUCCAGGAAUGGACGAGCGGUAGCUUACACACCUCCAACGAUCGUUGAACAGCUGUAUACUUCUGGCUUAAUCAAUUCCUAUUCCUUUGGUAUUUACCUCAAUGAAAAUGAAGGUGAACUGAUUUUUGGGGGUUAUAAUGAAGCUAGAAUUGACGGCGACGUCCGUUGGCUAAACGUUACUGGCACAGAUAGAUUUUACUCUGUUUAUUUAGAAAGUUUAAGUUUCCCUAACUCAUCCAGUACACAAGACUCAUCGAAACUUAGCUUUGAGAAACGUGACACUGGUAAUAUCCAAGUCGACCAAAACGCUACUGUGGACACAGGAACUGUUUUGUUGUACUUACCUGAGGAUGCUGUUAAUUCUAUAGCUGAUCGUUACGACGGGGUUGUAAGUAAUCAGGGAUACCCGGUCGUUUACUGUAGUUCAUUCUCAGAUUCUGAUUAUGUUCAGUUUAAUUUCGAGAAUGACGUUGCAUUCCAAAUCCCUAUGAAGCAAUUGGUGAUUUUACGUAGACCUGAGCAAGGUCAAGAGGUUUGUUAUUUGGCUUUCGUUCCUUCUGCACCCGGUUCUUACAUUCUUGGUCAAUACUUUUUGCAAAAUGUUUACUCUGUAUACGACUGGGACGCUCGAAGAAUUGGUUUCGCUAAUCUUCGUCAGAAUGCUUCUAAUUCUGGCGUUGAAGUUAUGAACAUCGCUUCCGAUUUGAGUGGAGUACAAACCAGUUCCAACUCUGCUACUACUACCUUUUCAGAUGGUUAUAAUUACGGAUCCUCGACCAUUCCUUUAACCGGUACUCCUGGAGCCAAUAGCUCAGCCCCUUCCCAGGACAGUAGCUCUAAUGGAAGUAAUGAGUCUGUUGCCUCGGCUUCUAGCAAAGUUGGUAUAUAUUCUUUGCUUGCGUUUAUGAGUUCUUCUUUUCUUUUCUUCGUCUUUAUUUAGAUACUCGUCCUUUUUAUACGUUGAUCCUUUCUCGAAGUCGUUCGUUGUCUUCCUUUGUUUCUGCUUAAAAACAUCGAAAAAGAAAAAAGUAUAAUAACUUAUCUAUUAUUACAUAUAUAUAUAUAUAUAUGUAUCUGUCUCAUGAAUCCUUGAAGCUGUCUUGAUUAUUUCUUAUAUUUUUUCUUAGUUACCUAUCUUGUGUUACGUUAUUAGUUUAUUUUUGUCGAUAUUCAUUCUGUUAUGUCUUUAACUUUUCUUUUGAGUAUUAUUUGUAAGAAUAGAAAUCAAUGAAUACUUUUUUUUUCUUA